GUGGACUUAUUUGCAAACAACAACAACUUAACUGGUACCGAAGGUGUUGAGUGGGACCCGCGCAUUGGGUUUGUGGUUCGAUUCCCGACGUAUGACCUUGGUACCAACUGCUACUGUCAAGUGGUCAUCGACGGGCGAGUGUUCAAGAAAAGAAUUUACGCAAUCUUCAGAGGCGUGGAGGACUACAUCCCGACACCUUACAUAGAACCCAACGGAGUGUUCUUCAUCAUGGCUGGAGAGACGAUGAAGCUGAACUGUUGGGUUCUGGUCGGUCGAGGCUCCAUGAUCUAUCUGGGCAUGCAGUAUGACCUGAAGGGGAAAUCUGACAGGUUUGAUGAGACGCUGCCGCUGCGAGAGCAAGAGAGUGGUGGUCAGUAUGACGUCAUCAACAUCGACCUAACAGUGGAGAACGUACAGGUCAACGACAGUGGCUCCUACGUCUGCAACACCAGCUUCGACCUGAAGAUGUACGAGGUGGCCCCGGUACAGGUCAACGUCUACGAGAAACCCUUUGUGACCCUGAAGGCCGUGGACGAAGUCCUUAUCGCCAUGGAUACUGACCUGGCCACACUUCUGCGGGUGUUCUGGACGUCGCCGACCGAGCCCGUUGUGGAGUGGUACUUCGACGAGAAGAUCAUCAACGUAAACACCACCAACGGAUGCAGUUAUCUGUCUGACAAGAGAGACGAGCUUGUGAUUCUCAACCCAAAGACGGAGGACAGCGGCAUCUACCGAGUCCUGGCGUACGUGGAGGCGGAGAAUGGGACGAGGGUCGCGUCCUCCACCGUGGAGAUUGAGCUCAAGAUUCACGGUAUACCCAAUGCCAAAAUCUGGGCGAAGUCAGCGGACGCUAACCUUCCAGACGGAAUGGUCACGGGUCGCGUCGGUCAGCAGGUCAAGAUGACCUGUCUGGUGAAGGGGUACCCGCGUAGCAACGUCACGUGGUUGUAUCAGCCGUGCCAGACGACAGAAUGUGAGCUGAGCGCAGACAACUCCACGUGGCAAGAGAUCAACAGCACAGAGGCGGACAUGCAGGUGGUGACCAACCAGUUCAACCAGCAGCUGUACCGCCUGUACAUCCAGCCGCAGGGCACCGGGUACUUCAAGUGUCACGCCGAGAACUCACACGGGCAGCACAGCGAGACGCUCAAGUUUAUUGCCACAGAUUCUGACGGCAUGUUGAACGUGACGGACAGUGCAAACAGGAAGAUCGUCCCCGGAGACAGCCUCAAGGUCGUCUGUUCCGCCAACAUGUGGCUCUACAACUCAGUGACACUGUAUGCCGUCGACGACUCCCCCCUCACCACGAUGCUGGCCAAAAAGAUGGCCAUGAACCGGAUCAAACCGGAUCAGACCACCACACUGGCCACCACAGACGCAGGCCUCACUACCAUGGGCUCAGGGUUUACCGCUGUGGCCAGUUUCACCACCGACGAGGCUAUAAAUAGCACCAGCAAUGUCACGACUCCUUCUCCAGGGACUGAUGGAAAGCCCGGCUCGCUGCGAACUGGGCCGAGAAUUAUUCACGAGAGAACGGAGCACUCUAUCAAGGUGGCGCUGGUGUUUGACAAGCUGCAGGCAUCCGACGAGGGACUGUACAUCUGCGAGGGAAUCUCUAGCCUGGAGAACGCGUCCCACACCAGACACUAUCAGCUCACACUCUAUGCGAUCAAGAAGCCGAUGGUUUACUCGCAGACAACGGGCUCCCGGCAGGUGGAGAUUGGCUCGUCGGCCGUGUUCCAGUGCGGGGUCACGGGGUUACCUCCCCCCGUGGUCACGUGGUACAAGGACAAGAAGCUGCUCCUGCAGAACUCUUCGCGCUUCUUCAUCUUCACCGAGAACAGUCUGACCAUAGAGAACGCCAGCAAGUCUGACGAGGGGAACUACCAGUGCAAAGGUUGGAACUACGGAGGCGAGAUCUGGAGCAGCAACAUGACCUUCUUGGUGGGAACAGGUUCGACCAACGAGGCUUCCUUCUCCCCGGCUUACAUCGGCGUCAUUGUGGGCAUCGUUCUCUUCAUCAUCAUCAUCUUCGUCAUUGUCAUCAUCAGAAUCAGGAAAUCCAAGUCAGGUUUUCACAAAGAGCUGGAGCACUUCCUGAUCCAACCGGAGGGAGACUAUAACCCAGACUUGCCAAUCGACGAACAGACCGGAUGUCUGCCCUACGACCCCAAGUGGGAGUUCUCCAAAGACCGGCUGAGGCUAGGUAUGAUCCUUGGUCAAGGUGCCUUUGGCCGGGUGAUGAAAGCUGAAGCAAUCGGCAUCGUUGAUGGAGAGGAUGUCACGGUGGUCGCUGUGAAGAUGGUGAAAGACUGCACAGACAAGGACCAGAUGAUGGCGCUGCUGUCAGAGCUGAAGAUUCUCAUCCAUGUGGGACAACACCUCAACAUCCUCAACCUGCUCGGUGCAGUCACCAAAGACAUCAGAUUCGGAGAACUUUACGUGAUCGUUGAGUAUUGCCACUUUGGCAAUCUGAGAACGUACCUGAUCAAGAACAAAGCCCACUUCGAAGACACCAUGGAAGACUGCGAGAACUUCAUGCCGGAUGUGAAGAAGGAGCCGGUGUCCUCCCCCAACAAAAAGGGCCCGUACUACCUGAACAUCGCCGGGGGUCCCAUGGGCAGUGCGGACGUCCUUGGCCCAAGUCUGACCACGAAGAACUUGUACUGCUGGGCCUUCCAAGUGGCUCGAGGCAUGGAGUUCCUGGCCUCUAAGAAGUACAUCCACCGCGACUUGGCAGCGAGAAACGUGUUGUUGGCCGAGGAUAACGUUGUGAAGAUCUGUGACUUCGGCCUGGCCAAAGACCUGUACAAAGAUCCUGAGUACCACAAGAAGGGAGAUGGUCCAGUGCCUGUCAAGUGGAUGGCCCUGGAGUCUUUCACCCAUCGUAUCUACACCACCAAGAGUGAUGUAUGGUCGUAUGGUAUCAUGCUAUGGGAGCUGUUCUCACUAGGCGGCAAUCCUUACCCUGGUGUGGAGAUAAACGAGAAGUUCAUUGGUCUCCUCAAGUCCGGCUAUCGCAUGGAGAAACCUCAGUAUGCCAGUCCUGAGCUGUGAGUAUCAUGUUCAUCUGUGUUCUGCGUUCAUCUGUGUACCACGCUCACCUGUGAUUUUAUUUCAUUUUGGUUUACAGCUCUUUUUUGGAUUAAACUUCGUUUUAAGCCGACUCCACUGAGUGA